AUGUACUAUACCAACUGGAGGGGUUUAAAUCCCCUGACGUCAUUAGUACUAAACCAACUGGAAGUACUAUACCAACUGGAGGGUAUAAAUCACCCUGACGUCAUUAGUACUAUACCAACUGGACUGUUUUAUAGCAUUACCAACCCAGACUGUUGGUCCAGGUGGUACACUGGACUGUUCUAUAGUAUUACCAACCCAGACCGUUUGUCCAGGUGGUACACUGGACUGUUCUAUAGUAUUACCAACCCAGACCGUUUCUGUUGGUCCAGGUGGUACACUGGACUGUUCUAUAGUAUUACCAAACCAGACUGUUGGUCCAGGUGGUACACUGGACUGUUCUAUAGUAUUACCAACCCAGACCGUUUCUGUUGGUCCAGGUGGUACACUGGACUGUUCUAUAGUAUUACCAACCCAGACUGUUGGUCCAGGUGGUACACUGGACUGUUCUAUAGUAUUACCAACCCAGACCGUUUCUGUUGGUCCAGGUGGUACACUGGACUGUUCUAUAGUAUUACCAACCCAGACUGUUGGUCCAGGUGGUACACUGGACUGUUCUAUAGUAUUACCAACCCAGACCGUUUCUGUUGGUCCAGGUGGUACACUGGACUGUUCUAUAGUAUUACCAACCCAGACUGUUGGUCCAGGUGGUACACUGGACUGUUCUAUAGUAUUACCAACCCAGACUGUUGGUCCAGGUGGUACACUGGACUGUUCUAUAGUAUUACCAACCCAGACUGUUGGUCCAGGUGGUACACUGGACUGUUCUAUAGUAUUACCAACCCAGACCGUUUCUGUUGGUCCAGGUGGUACACUGGACUGUUCUAUAGUAUUACCAACCCAGACUGUUGGUCCAGGUGGUACACUGGACUGUUCUAUAGUAUUACCAACCCAGACUGUUGGUCCAGGUGGUACACUGGACUGUUCUAUAGUAUUACCAACCCAGACCGUUUGUCCAGGUGGUACACUGGACUGUUCUAUAGUAUUACCAACCCAGACCAUUUCUGUUGGUCCAGACGGUUGGUCCAGGUGGUACACUGGACUGUUCUAUAG